AUGGCCGACAGAGAGGAAAAAGAAGAGGCCGUGUUCCGUUCUGCGGACAUGUCUCUAGUACAGCUAUAUAUCCCCACAGAAGUGUCUAGAGCAAUUGUUUACAAAGUAGGACAACUCAAUGUUUUGCAGUUUAGAGACUUGAACUCAAAAGUCACUGAGUUCCAACGUUCUUUUGUCAAAGAGUUGCGUAAGCUUGAUAAUGUCGAAAGGCAAUUUAGAUUGUUCAAGAAGGAAUUGGAUUUCAGAGAUAUUCAUAUCAAACUUUAUCCAUAUGAGUUCUCAAUCCCACAACAAUCUGAUAUUGAUGAGUUGGUUGAAAACUCACAGCUCUUGGAAGAUCGUGUUGUGCAAUUGCGUGACUCGGUUGAUACUUUGCACAAUAAUGAAAAUUAUUUGAAACAACUUAGAUACACUAUCCGUGCAGUUGAUAGGUUCUUCAAUGUCGAAGGCGAGAGAACAACUUCAGAAGAGAGUGCGCUCUUAUCUGAAUUGGAGCAUGGCGCUACUAGUCAUGUACAUUCAGCAUCUUCAUUCAUCUCUGGUGUGAUUGAUACCGAAAAGAUUGGAGUGUUGCAACAAAUAUUAUGGAGAACAUUGAGAGGUAAUAUGUACUACCAUAGUGAAGCGUUGGAAGAAGAAAUCUACGACGCCAAACACAAUGCAUUUGUCCCCAAGAGUUCAUUUAUCAUCUUUUCGCACGGUUCAAUGAUUCACGAUAGGAUAAAAAAGAUUUGUGAAUCGUUGGAUGCGAUCAUUUUUGAUAUCGAAGGCUCUGCUGAGGAUAGACUGAAACAGUUGUCCAAGACCAACAUCAAGCUCAAUGACUUGUCUACCAUUUUGAGUGAAUCUGAAAAUGCACUUACUUCAGAGUUGAUUGCUAUUAGUCACGACUUGUACAAGUGGUGGGAAUUGAUUGCACGUGAAAAAGCGGUUUAUCAAACAAUGAAUAUGUGUGAUUACGAUGGUGGUAGAAAGACAUUGGUUUGUGAAGGCUGGACCCCAACCGACUCGAUUCAAGAUUUGAACAAUACGAUACAGGAUUAUGACCAAGCUCAAGCUAUACCAACUAUAUUGAAUGUCCUCAAUACCAACAAAACGCCACCAACAUGCAACCGUACCAACAAGUUUACCUAUGCUUUUCAAUCUAUUUGUGACGCGUAUGGUGUGGCAAAAUACAAAGAAAUUAAUCCCGGAUUACCAACAAUUAUCACAUUUCCAUUUAUGUUUGCCAUUAUGUUUGGUGAUAUGGGCCAUGGUUUUAUUGUAUUUCUUGCUGCUUUGGCGAUGGUCCUCAAUGAGAAAAGAUUGGAUGGUAUGAAGAAAGAUGAGAUUUUUGAUAUGGCAUAUACUGGACGAUACAUUUUGUUGCUCAUGGGCAUUUUUUCCAUGUAUACCGGGUUUAUAUACAAUGAUAUAUUUUCCAGGACAAUGACUUUUUUCCCUAGUGGUUGGGAAUGGCCAGAGAAUUUCAAGUUGGGCGAGACAAUUGUGGCCAAGUCCGUUGGCACGUAUAUCUUUGGGUUGGAUCCCGCAUGGCAUGGAACAGAGAAUGCAUUAUUGUUUUCAAACUCAUACAAGAUGAAAUUGUCGAUUCUUAUGGGGUUCAUUCAUAUGACGUAUUCCUAUUUCUUUGCCCUUGCCAACUUUCUUUAUUUCGAUAGUGUGAUUGAUAUUGUUGGAAAUUUCAUUCCUGGUCUUUUAUUUAUGCAAAGUAUCUUUGGAUACUUGUCGCUCUGUAUUGUUUACAAAUGGACUGUUGACUGGUUUGCGGUGGGAAAACAACCUCCGGGACUUUUAAACAUGUUGAUUUCGAUGUUUUUAUCGCCGGGUACAGUUGAAGAGCCCUUGUUUGCUGGGCAAGCUCAAAUACAGAUUGUUUUGUUGAUCAUUGCGUUGAUUUGUGUUCCAUGGUUGUUGUUGGUGAAGCCACUUUAUUUAAAGAGACAAUUGGAUAGAAAGGCCAAGACGCAUGGUGCAUAUUCCCAGUUGCCCAAUGAUGGUGAAAACAAUGUGGAUGGAGAAGGAUUUGUUUUUGAUAAUGAAAGUAAUAAUGAAAAUAACAAUAACAACGAGGAUGUUGCUGAUAAUGGUGAAGAAGAUGAAGACCACGAAGAGCAUGGUUUCGGUGAUAUCAUGAUCCAUCAAGUGAUUCAUACUAUUGAAUUUUGCUUGAAUUGUGUUUCCCAUACUGCUUCUUAUUUGAGAUUAUGGGCGUUGUCUUUGGCACAUGCACAAUUAUCCACAGUGUUGUGGUCGAUGACUAUUAGCAAGGCUUUUGGUCCAACUGGUUUAAUGGGGGUUAUUGCUGUGGUGUUUUUAUUUGCAAUGUGGUUUGUCUUGUCUGUGUGUAUUUUGGUUGUUAUGGAAGGUACUUCAGCAAUGUUGCAUUCGUUGAGAUUGCAUUGGGUUGAGAGUAUGUCGAAAUACUUUGAAGGUGGUGGUGCAAUGUAUGAACCUUUUGGGUUUGUUGGGUUGCUUGACAAUGUUUUUUGA